ACACUCUGUAAAUACAUGUUGCAUAUUUUAUGUCAUGAGCAUAAGGGUAGUGUUUUUCGGAAUACAGAAUUAGGGUUUGAAACAAGAACCAAUUGAAGUCAGUUUCUUUUCAAUUGCAGCUUGAUUCCAGAGAAGGAUUGAAAUUCAUGGGAUUUCAUGAACUGGGCUGAAUCUGUGGAAGAUGAAGAUAAAGGUGAUAACCACGAGACUUCCUAACUCAACAGGUACUCCUUCAUUCAUUUUUACCUUUCUGCACAAAAAAGAUGGAUUUCAUUCCGCUGCUGGUAAUGCUAAUGCUACUAGUACAGUUAGAUUUAAACAAACACAUUUGGAAUCGGACAAUUUGAUCCAAACUCGAUGCAAAUAUGGAAAAAUUGGGAAAGAUGAAGCAUUGGGUUACUUCGAUUCCAUGAUUCAAACCAAACCCUUGCCCUCUAUUUGGACUUUCAAUUGUUUGUUUGGGGCACUCUCCAAGAUGAAGGAGUAUUCUGCUGUGGUUUCUAUGUGUAAACAGUUGAUGGGUUGCGCUCAAUUCCGACCUGAUGUCUGUACAAUGAAUAUUUUUCUGAAUUGCUUGUGCCGUCUGAACCGGGUGGACUUGGGUUUCUCUGUUUUAGCAACUACCCUUAAAUAUGGUCUUCAACCCGAUGCUCAUUCUAUAAGUAUUUUACUUCACGGACUUUGCAAGUACAGUUCCUGGGACGAGGCAAUGAAAUCACUUAUGCUACCAUGAUCAAUGGGUUAUGCAAGGCUGGGAAAACUUCUAAGGCACUAGAGAUACUAAUGAAGAUGUGGGAAGAUGGAAGGUUCAAGCCCAACCAAGAAUGCUACAAUCCAAUCAUUGAUAGCCUCUGUAAAGAAAGACGAAUAGACGAGGCCUUGACCCUAUUUCGAGAUAUGAUCAGCAAAAGUGUUGUACCGAAUGUUUUCAAUUAUAACACAUUGAUUCAUGGGUUAUGCAACACGAGUCGCUGGGAAGAAGUGCUCUCUCUUUUGGAAGCAAUGGAAGAUCAAGGAGUCAAGCCAGAUGUUUUAACCUACACCGCUCUAAUUUAUGCAUUGUGCCAAUUGGGGAGGUUGGAAAAAGCCAAGAGCUUCUUGAUUUGCAUGCUUAACAGUGGAAUUUCACCCAAUGUAUACACAUAUAAUGUUCUUAUCAGCGGUCUUUGCAAGGAAGAAAGAAUUCAAGAAGCGCUUGCUCUAUUUGAAAAGAUGACAAUGAGAGGCAUAAAGCCUGAUGUUGUCACUUUUAAUUGCUUGAUUUCUACUUCAUGCAAGUCUGGUAACUGGGAGGAAGUUAUGAGUUUAUUUAAAACCAUGAUUGGUUAUGGAGCCUUGCCUGAUAUUGUUACAUAUAAUUCUGUACUGGAUGCUUUAUGCAAGGAAGGGAAGACAGCAGAGGCACUGAAUCUUGUGGAAGAAAUGAUCCAUAGAGGGGAAAAGCCUGAUGUUGUGACUUACAACUCCUUAAUUAAUGGAUUGUGCCGUACAGCUCAAUGGGAAGAAGCUACAAGGGUGUUUAAUAGAAUGCUGGAUGAAGGUGUUGCCCCAGAUGUUAUCACUUACAACAGUUUAAUCAAUGGCAUGUGCCGUACAGCUCAAUGGGAAGAAGCCACAAGGUUGUUUGAUGAUAUGGUAGGCCGGGGACUCUUGCCUGAUACCGUUACUUUGGGUAUGAAACUCAGCACAAUAACUUGCAGUAUGCUGGUUAGUGAACAUUGUUUGCAGGGCAGAAUGGAUAAGGCGAAGGUGGUGUUGAACUUAAUGGUGAUUAUGGGUUAUGCGCCUGAUAUUGCUUCCUAUAAAACCUUGGUCAACGGCUAUAUAAACGUUAACAGAAUCGGUGAAGCUUUGAGGCUUGUUAAAGAAAUGAUCCAAAUAGGAUUGAUGCCUGAUCUGGAAAUGCAACGAACUUUGGGGCGUUUUCGUCGUAAAAGCCAUGUUGGAUUAGCAGGGUAAUGCUCAAAUUGUCCAACAUAUAUAUAGUUGUAUCCUAAUUGUUGGCAUUGUUGAUGUACCUUAAACACAACCAGCUAUAUGAUGUUUUAUACAAUCUGCAAACAUUCGGUUGACUCAUCCUGUGGAAACAUUUCUGUGGCCUUUUAAAUGCUUAGCAAGAUGGAAUUCUAUUCCAUUAACUGAA